AUGGGCUGCAGCCAAUCUCACACAUCUACUCAGGAGCACGAUGAUGCACCCAGAUAUCACGAAAAAAUACAGGAAGUAUCAGUCAAUGUACGAACCCGUGAUGACUACCAGAUUGCGUGGAUAUGCACCGUGCCCGCAGCAAGAGACGCAGCAAACGCAAUGCUGGACGAGACUCACCACUCCGUUCCCCGCCGCCAGGGCGAUGCAAACGAAUACAUAUUUGGCAGAAUGGGCCGGUACAGUGUUGUCAUAACGUCCUUUCCACCCGGGCUAUCCGGCCUCACAAUUGCCACGGAGACAGCAAUGCAUAUACGAUACAGCUUCCGAUUCAUCGAGGUCUGCUUUCUGGUAUCAGUCGGGGGCGGCACUCCGGGGGAAAGCGACAUCAGACUCGGUGAUAUUGUGGUCAGCAAGCCCACAAAGAAAUUUCCCGGCGUUAUGGGGUACGAUAUACGCAAUGUUCGAAAUGGCCGGCAUAGCCCUAUAGGUGUAUUCAACAAACCCCCAGAGUUGGCCAUGAACACUGUCUUCGCCCUUCACACCGAGCAGAUACCUCACUGCACUUCUCCUGCUGUCACCCAAUUCUAUAAUGAGGCGCGGGCGCAUAAUUCACGCCUGCGAGAUCAAUCCAACCACCCUGGUGGAGAUUCAGAUUUCCUCUUCGCUUCUGAGUCGCAGCAUGCGUCGCGCGAUAGCAGCUCUCGCAGGUUAAACCAAUGGCGUCCUCGAUCCGACAACCAACCACGUAUCUUCUAUGGCACAAUCGCGUCUGGCGAAAAGGCAAUCACAGAUGUGAGUGCCCGGGACCGCUUUGCCAGAGAGUACGGCAUCCUCUGUUGUGAGACCCAAGCAGCUGGGGUAGUGGACCUCUUGCCAUGCCUGGUGGUGUGUGGCGUGAGCUCCUAUGCGGACUCUCAUCCAAGCAGACAAUGGGAGGGAUACGCGGCUGUGGUUGCAGCGGCAUAUGCAAAGGAGAUAGUACUCGCGCUACCAUGGCAGAAUAAUGUUGUCGCAGGGACCAUUUCUCGGAGGCGAGAGCUAAAUUUCUAUAUCAAUGCAAACGCAGAGGACCUGCGAUCUUUCUUUGUUGCCCAUGAGGGCCAGAAAGAACUGACAACCAUUGACGCUGGAACCAUCCACACCGUCGACUUCGGUAAAAUCGCACUGAAGUUCACCAAGCUCAUUGAAGAGAACGUCGUGGACGACGAACUCCGCGACUGGAUCAUGCCAGACUUCAGUACUACAACUCAAUCCGACAGCGUGGUUGCAGCUAUCCUGAUGAUGGGUGCUCUACAGGAAUAUUUCUCGUACAAAUCUAUGCUUCUCUGUGGCAUUCCAUCCGUUACUUUGCUAGGCGAACGUGCAGACUGGGUGCGCUUGCUAAAGAAGCUCGACAAGCUAAAUCAGCUAGGCGACCAGCCUGCACGAUUUGCACAGCUUCUACGCCCGAUUUUGAAUCACUUUGUACUUUCCUUCGAUAGCCCCGAGUCGCCUGAGGUGCGGAGCUUCUGGGGCAAAUGCGCUGAGCGCCACGGUGGCAGCGGAAUUGACGAGCUGACUGGUUGGGUGUCGGCCUUCAUUUUCUGGAAUAAGAAGGGCAGCCUGCUAUAUGAAGAAAAGAUCCAUCCGGUCUCUUCGCCGGAGUUUGUGGCUCGAAACACGGACCUAGGGCUCGAUGAUGUAUUGUCCCGCCGCGUGGACACUGAUGAUAUUCCACCCCGAUUCGCCUCUGUGCCAAUUACUGUCGUUGAUAAUGGAAAGAAAAUUAAUACCGUGAUGGUGGCAGGCUUGGUUGGUAUUCAAGCACGAUCUAGUGGAGCGAUCUUGGACGAGACUGAGGAGACGGGGCUUGACACCAUACAGCCCUUGUCAGGAUGGUGGAUGUAUGAAAAGAAACGCGAGAAGGGUAAAUAG